AUGCACUCUCUCAAGGCCAUUGAGCUGCUCAAGAGCAUGAUCCUUGGUACCAGUUCCUCGCUCUUGUACCACCCGCCCCCACUAAUAUACCAUGUAGACCAAGUCCGCGCCCUGUACGGUCGUUCGUACCCUACUUCCCAAUACACCUUCUCGGUUAUCACCUCCGUUCUCGACAUCGACGAACUCAAGCCCCCGAACGAGCGCUACAUCGCUGAAGUUAUCGUCUAUACCGCACCUGCAUCAUUAGCCGAAUGGGAGCUAGUGCUCAGGGGUGAAGACGCCGAAUCGACUGUCGAGGCCAUGGAGAACUUGUACUACUCGGUACAGCAGGAAGUCCGUAAUGUCACUCGCAAUAUGGGGUAUGGUGAUGUCUGGAACGAAGCGAAAGCCAAAGAGCGGUAG